CGUCCACAUCAGCUGGUCUCUGGCGUCAGUAUCUCUCUAAACACACACGCAGGAGGCUACACAAGUAUCUCAUUCCCAACAGAACUCUCAACCUGCUAAACUUAUGUGUUAUUCCUUCCCUUCAAGAAAGUUUAUAUCGUAAGUGAAUUACCACCCCCCCUCCCCUUCCCCCCGCCGGGACAUUCAGUCAAGUGAUGUAUUUCUCUUAACAACAACAAGGACAACAAGUGAUGGCUCUCAAAAUCAAACUGGUCAAGAUGCUCAUGUGUGUUGCAGUGUCCGUGUCGCUCUAUUACGUCGGGGUUCAGUUGGGUGACAUAUGCCAACAGGACAGAGAGUCCAGAUCGGAGGAUGACAGCCAUCAACUCUCUAUCUUGGACAGAGUACCUCAAGACGCACCGGGCGGGGGUUUUGGCCAAGACGGUGUGUUAGGGCAGGAGGUUAGGAGUCACGAGGAAGAUAAGCGUGAGGGAAAGAAAGAUAAUUCCGAGGCUGCUUCUUCCUCCUCGCCCAUGUUUGUGUUGCUGCUGAGUUCAAUGGCUCGCGGCGGCUCCACCUUCAUGGUGGAGGUACUCGGGAAGAUACACAAGUCCGUCGUGUUCUUCGAGCCCCUCUGGCCGGUGGAGAAGAAAGCGUGUAUUAAUGACGAGAAGUGUGUGGAACAAUACCUGACUGACGUGUUCACUUGUAAUUAUAAACCUGAUUUCGAAAGGUGGUUAAAAGCAAAGUAUGGUUUUCUUACCUACUUUAAUUCAGACGUGAGAAGAUGUCUCCUGAAGCAAGACAAAAAGAAGAGCAGCGACUGCAUCCAUAACCUGAGUCUCCGAGAGAUGUGUGAAGAGUCUCCCGUCAGGAUCAUCAAGGUGAUCCGGGCGAGACUUUCGUGGCUGGAAGACAUGUUGUCGGAUCCGCUGAUGAACCUCAAGAUCAUCCACCUCACCAGAGAUCCCCGCGGAUCCCUCAACUCCAUCAGGAAGUUCGGAAGAUGGGGUCUUGAUCUCCAAGGGAGAUGCUCUGCACUAAAGGAUGACAUAGACGCCUAUGGCAGACUCUCCCAGAAGUUUCCCUCUAAGUUACUACAGAUCCACUUAGAGGACAUGUGUCUUCACCCUGAAAACGUCACCGGUGACAUCUUCAAUUUCCUUUUUGGCAGUUCCAACCUAUCUGCCGCCCUCCGCAUACACCUCACCUCCCACACUACCAAGGAAGGACAAAACAACCCAAUGAGCACUACAAAAGACAGCAAAAAAGAGUUCGAGGCGUGGCGCUACAAGAUCCCGGAGAAAUUACUGCAGGAGGUGGAGGCUGAACCUUCGUGUAUUUACGCUAUACAACGCAUGAAUCACGCGGUGUUUGGCACCUCGAAAAAUGCAAAAAAUUCCAUUAUUCCUCUGAUACUGACAUGAAGUUGCUGAUGUUAUACACAAAUGGCCGCGUCCACACGACCAUAAGCAGCGCUAUAUACUGUACAGUACCCCGGUAAUGAGGACAUUCAAGAGCCUCUGCUUAAGUGACCUCGUUAGUGAGUAUGGAUAAUGAGAAAAAAUGCAUAGUUUAAACAAAUUAAAAAUAUAUACAAACUUGUUUAUGUUUAUGAACUAGGGUUUACGUAGUAGUCAGCCAAAGAUCCAGCGUCCCCACUCUGGGUUUUGUACUGGCAUUUUUACCUGGCAAUACUUGGUAAAGUAAGGCUGUAUGUAAAGGUGAUUGUGAUUGGUGGAUCUAUUUUAAGCUGUAUCACUGUCAGGAAAAAUGUUAAACAAACCAAAGGUAGAAUGUUUUUAAUAAUAAACUAUUCAUUGCUAUUCAAGGUCAUGACAAGUUUCCAUAUGUUCGUAUAUUUGCUUAAAUAAUGAAGAAAGUAUAUUAAUAAACUGGCAACUCAACUACAACGGGGGGUGCCACAAGAUUCUCAGAUCGAAUUUUUUUUUAUU